AACCUCACAAUAAAAAGAAGAUACGCACACUCAAUUAUGUCCUCCCCUUUCAACUUUUCUCUCCCUCGUUUUCUAAACAUGCCGGAAUUGCCAACUAUGAUUCCGGAUAUUUAUACCUAUUACUAUCUCUAGCCCCCAAUUCCCUCACCCUGUUUUUCUUUUCUUUUUUCUUUCCUUUUUUGGAUUUGACCUCCAUUUUGUCAAUCAGAGGUGGAAUGUAAGUGCGGGCAUUCGGGCAGGGCUUUGGUUCUGGAUCCCUGCAUCUGUGAUUGAAGUUCUUUGUUUUCUUCUGCAAGUUCUCUUAGAGUAGCAAAAGAAGGUUGUAUAACCAUGUCUGGAUCUCAAUCCACAAAGCAAGAGGUCGAAAUCUCUGAGGAAGAGAGAAAGACUAGGAUUGGGUCAUUGAAGAAGAAAGCAUUGACUGCUUCUGCCAGAUUCAGAAACUCUUUCACAAGAAAGCAUAGGAGAAGCCAGAGUAGAGUCUUGUCUGUAGAAAUCGAGGAUGUGCAUGACCUUGAGGAGAUAAAGGCUGUUGAUUCGCUUCGUCAGGCACUUAUAGCGGAGGACCUUCUUCCUCCCAAACACGAUGAUUAUCAUAAGAUGCUGAGAUUCUUGAAGGCCAGGAGAUUUGAUAUCGAGAAGACCAAGCAUAUGUGGUCCGAGAUGCUCGAGUGGAGGAAGACAUUUGGUGCUGACACAAUAAUGGAGGAUUUUGAGUUCAAGGAACUCGAUGAAGUCUUGCAAUACUAUCCUCAAGGACAUCAUGGAGUUGACAAGGAUGGACGACCUGUGUAUAUUGAGAGAAUAGGCCUAGUAGAUGUAACCAAGCUGAUGCAAACCACUACAAUAGACCGCUAUGUGAAAUACCAUGUCCGCGAGUUUGAAAGGACAUUUGAUGUUAAGUUCCCAGCUUGUUCAAUAGCAGCAAAGAAGCACAUUGAUCAAAGUACAACUAUUUUGGAUGUGCAAGGAGUGGGACUUAAAAACUUCAAUAAAGCUGCCAGGGAACUUAUCACUUGCCUUCAGACGAUUGAUAGCAACAACUAUCCUGAGACCUUGAAUCGUAUGUUUAUCAUCAAUGCUGGUUCUGGUUUUAGAAUGUUGUGGAGCACUGUGAAGUCCUUCCUUGAUCCCAAGACAACUGAAAAGAUUAAUGUCCUUGGUAACAAGAGCAAGUUACUUGAAAUAAUUGAUGCUAGUGAGUUGCCAGAAUUUUUAGGAGGUACAUGUACUUGUGCUGAUCAAGGAGGCUGUUUGCGUUCUGAUAAGGGCCCCUGGAAGGACCAAAUGAUAAUGACGAUGGUCCAGAAUGGUGUUCAUGAAUGUGCAAGGAAACCUACCGUUCCAAUAAGUGAGAUGAAGAUGAUACCAGAGGGACGUGACGCAGCUGAUGUGCAACCUGUGUCUCCUAGACGUUCUCACUUUCACAAAGAAUUAUCCAUGAGUAAAAGUAUCCAAGGAACUACUUUCAAGUAUCCCCCAACUGCGGGUUCAACUUGGCAAAUGGCGGUUAAGAAUGGCAAAGCAGGAGGUUGUUAUGAUGCUCCCAAAGUUUAUGAUGGAUUCAGCUCUCAGAUUUCUGCUGCUAUUAUGGCAUUUCUUAUGGGGAUUGUCACUAUGGUCAAACUAACCCGUAACAUGCCAAAGAGGCUCACUGAUUCCACCUUCUACUCAAGCACUGUUUACGGUGAUGACACAGCGUUCAAAAACCAGCCUUCACGCUCUACCAUCUCCAGUACAGAGCUCAUGUCUGUCAUAAAACGUAUGGCUGAAUUGGAAGAGAGAGUUAAACCACCUGCCAGGCCAAGUGGGAAUGAGGAACUUCUGAAUGCUGCUAUGGGCCGAGUUGAUGCCUUGGAGCAUGAGCUUAUGGCAACAAAGAAGGCUCUUCGCGAGUCACUUGCCCGACAAGACGAGAUCUUGGGACCUAAGAAAAACAAGAAGAACAAGAAGAAGAAAAUGAUGAAAUUUAUGUGCUAUCAUGGUUGAUCGAGUAGCAUAUUCUUAAGGUUCAGUUUGUGUCAUUCCACACGGUGAAGGGAGACCUGAAGAAUACGCUUGGAUUUGAUUGUUGGUUUUCCAAAGCCGCCCCCCAAAUGCCGCCCUUACAUUGCACCAUUUACCUCAUCACAUGCUAUAGUUUGGUAAUUAGUACAGUCGUGUACCUACUUUUGUUCCAAAUUUUUGUGCCAUAUCAUGUCAAUGUAAUCAUUAAUAUUCUUUCUUUCUUAACAAGUUUUUCGAUACUAUUUUCAUGACU